CUGCUCGCCGCCGCCGCCGCCGCCGCUACUACCGCUGCCACUGCCUGGGACUUCGCCGAAGCCCUUGGCUCGGAUCCGGCCCGGUCUUCCCGCGCGGACUCCCGCUCGCGGAGCCGGGCGCACUCUUCGCUCCGAGCAGUGCAGAAGCGGGAGUUGCCGCGGACUGUGGAGCGGCGGGGACGGCCCCGGCCCCCCCAUUCCCCUCCCUGACCCCUUCUUGCCAUCGCCCCGUCAUGGGGAACGCGGCGACCGCCAAGAAAGGCAGCGAGGUGGAGAGCGUGAAAGAAUUUCUAGCCAAGGCCAAAGAAGACUUUCUGAAAAAGUGGGAGAAUCCUCCCCCGAAUAAUGCUGGGCUCGAGGAUUUUGAAAGGAAAAAAACCCUUGGAACAGGUUCAUUUGGAAGAGUCAUGUUGGUGAAACACAAAGCCACUGAACAGUAUUAUGCCAUGAAGAUCUUAGAUAAGCAGAAGGUUGUCAAGUUGAAGCAAAUAGAGCAUACUCUGAAUGAGAAAAGGAUAUUACAGGCAGUGAAUUUCCCUUUCCUUGUUCGACUGGAAUAUUCUUUUAAGGAUAAUUCUAAUUUAUACAUGGUUAUGGAGUAUGUUCCCGGUGGUGAAAUGUUUUCACAUCUGAGAAGAAUUGGAAGGUUCAGUGAACCCCACGCGCGGUUCUAUGCAGCUCAGAUAGUGCUGACGUUUGAGUACCUCCACUCGCUAGACCUCAUCUAUAGAGAUCUAAAACCUGAAAAUCUCCUAAUUGACCAUCAAGGUUACAUCCAGGUCACUGACUUUGGAUUUGCCAAAAGAGUUAAAGGCAGAACUUGGACAUUAUGUGGCACGCCAGAGUAUUUGGCUCCAGAAAUAAUCCUCAGCAAGGGCUACAAUAAGGCAGUGGAUUGGUGGGCGCUGGGAGUGCUAAUCUAUGAAAUGGCAGCUGGCUACCCCCCAUUCUUUGCAGACCAACCAAUUCAGAUUUAUGAAAAGAUCGUUUCUGGGAAGGUCCGAUUCCCAUCUCACUUCAGUUCAGAUCUCAAGGACCUUCUUAGGAACCUGCUGCAGGUGGACCUGACAAAGCGGUUUGGAAACCUGAAGAACGGUGUGAGUGAUAUCAAAACUCACAAAUGGUUUGCCACAACAGACUGGAUCGCAAUUUACCAGAGGAAGGUUGAAGCUCCAUUCAUACCAAAGUUCAGAGGCUCUGGAGAUACCAGCAACUUUGAUGACUAUGAAGAAGAAGAUAUUCGUGUCUCUAUAACAGAAAAAUGUUCAAAAGAGUUCAGUGAUUUUUAGAGAGAUGGCAGCCGAGCUCACACUCAGUCUUUGCACUCUUGAGAUACAAGGUGGAGCCGAGACCGUCCUUGUUGAAGCAGUUACCUAGUUCCUUCAUUCCAGCAGCUGAGUGAGGUCUUUAUCGCCAUCGUCGUGUGUGCACUCUGCAUCCACCUCUGCACCAAGGCACCGCUAAGCAAGCAUCGUCUGUGCCAUGACGCAGUAGAGACCACGUUCCUACUUUUGGGUCACCUUUCUCCCCAUUCCUACAUCCAUUUCUUCCUUUUCAUUGGUUUUCCUCUCUACAGUGCUCCAUUUUAUUUUGUUGGUGUUUUAUAUGGGCAGUGUUAAACGGCUAUGUGAUAUUUGAGAGGCAGGGUAAAUGUUGCUUUUAGUAGUUUUCGCCAGUAUUUUUGUUGGCCAGUGGCUUGAAGAUAAACUUUCUAACAAUGAUUGCCACUUUGAGCAGCUCAGACUCAGUUUUGCCAAAAACCCUUGACAAUUUUUGAAGAUAGAAUAUGUUAUCUCCAAGGAAAUUAACAGAAAUUAGGACAGUACCCUUCUUGGAAUUCACCAUUCUGGCAAUAAAUGCAGAGUAGCUAGACCCAGCAAUUUGGAUUCCUAUAGACCAAAAAUUCUAUUUUCCUUCGUCUGUUUUUAUAUCAUCCUUCCCUCGAGUAGCUGAGUGACCAGCCUGUACGGUGUGACUCAUGCGUCUCCUUCCACAAAAUCUAAUGAAACAGAUCAUCCAGCCUUUCUCUCUUGGAACCAGCAUUUCUGUAGGUAUUAGCAAGGAGUUCUAAGAUCUCUAAACCUUAAUUCUUCCAUGAGGGUAUUAGCUGGUAUUUUAAUAGAACAAGCUUAUUAAAAGUGAUAAUUUUUUUUAAAGUGACAAAUUUUAAAGUUUCUCAUAUAAUCCUCAUUAUAAACUUUUUAAAGGAAGAGGAGAAAACAAAAAUGAUCAUUGAUUUGGAUGGAUACUUUGCUAAGUCAAACAAAUGGCUGGAUUCUUGCAAAUAACAUAGAGGUACUCUUAUUUAAGUGAGGCUUUUUUGUUUGUCUUGUAACAGUUAAGAACAAAGGAAGUUGCAUGGUCUUCUUAUUCUGGUGUACUAUAUUUAUAAACCUAGGGGAGGGGCACUGUUGCAACUUCUAGUUUCUUCCCGUGCCUCAGCAGUGAGGAAAAGGGACAAAGUUUAUAAAACUGCCACAUUUGUAUUUUAAUUUUGAGGUGUGAUAUUUUUAGAUAUGUCAUAAUUUCUAAUCUCUUUUCUCUCAGUAAACAGAAUGUAUGAUCAUGCAGAUACAAUUUUAGUAUUUGAGUUUAGUUAUUUUUUUAUACUUUUUUUGCCAACUGACUUAAUAACAUUGCUGUCACAUGGAAAUUUCAAGCACUUUUGCACAUUUAGUUCAGUGUUUGUUGAGAAUCCAUAGCUUAACUCAGUUUUUCUUACUUUUUUUGAUUUUUGCUUUUAAUUUUCCCCAUCUGGUUUUCUCUUUGUGUCUCAGUGACCUACCUUGAAACAACACACCAAAAUAGUUUUAAAUAAGCUGCAUUCAUUUUUAUGCUCAAUUUACAUGCAUAGAUGAUGAAUUUUUUUAAUCAAACUGAUCUUAAUGUAUUGUUACCAUUCUACUUGCUUUCUUUCUGGUGCAGUAGGUCACUGACACUACUUCUUUGUGUUCAUCUCACUCCCUUCUAAAACCUUUGAAGACAUUGGAAACUCCUGUCUCAGAUGCUCUCGCCACCAGUCAGUAUGUCUUUUGGUUGUCCAGUGUUUCUGCAUGGUGAUGUCAUAUGAAGCUUGAUCCUGAUUUCAUUUGGUCCCCCUCUAUUUAAAAUGUGCAAGAGAAAUUUGAAAUACUUAAACAGCAAGUUGUAUGUAACAAAGAUUUCUCAUCUUGUUGAUAAGUUUAAAAUAUCAUUUGUAUAAAACAUUUUAAUUUUUUGUAUUUCAUUUAAACCCAAGAAUAUGCUGAUCACUGUAUUCUAUAUGUAUGCUACAAAAUCUAUGUAUGGUAGCUUUGUUGUAUAUUACUGUAAAAUUAUUUCAGUAAAUCAUGGGGAUGACAGUGUGAUUAUUACAAUGUAGUUUUCAGUAACUGAAAAGAUUUCUAUGAAUUAUAAAAAUAUUUUUUUCUAUGAGAUUACUAGUGCCCAACUAUAGACUCUACCCAGGUAGAAACCCGUAGGCAUACAUUGGCUUUUGAGGGCUAUUCAGCCAUUCCAUUUCACUCUCUAUUUUAAGACAUGAACAAGCUGUCAAAUAUGUCUAUGAAUUCUAUUUCUGACCAAUUAAAUACAAUUAAAUAGGAUAUUUUUAAGGUAUAUUAAGUUGUUUCACACUGUAGCCAAAAACAAGGUAAAAACUUGAAUAAGAAGUGGCAAAACAGUAUUUAACUUCAAAUUACAUUGUCUGAAACAGAAGAAAUUGUUUUUGCCUAGCAAAUAAUUAAAAGAUGGCAUUGUGUAGAGAGGAGCCCCAGACUGAAAGUUAGGACAUCUGGAUUUCAGGCCAAGAACUGUCAAUAUGAUCUUGACCUUGGUUCUCUUAUCUGUAGGAUAGAAAAGUUGAAGUGGGUGUUUUCUGAGGUCCCCUUCUAACUUGACCAUGUUAUGACAAGACUGUCUUUUUAUCUGAUAUUUUGAAGGGAUAUAAUGCUUUGAAGUCUCAGUAAGGUGAUAUAUUUUGGGGCAUCUUUCUUCUCAUUUCUGACAGUGUUGUACAGUUCUUUGACUUUCAUGAGAACCUUGUGUCUGACUUGAUUCCUUACGCAUUUGCUCAUGCUAAAUACACGGUUGAUAUCAAACUGCCGACCUACCAAAAACAAUACUGUGGCUUAUGGAGAUUGCCGUCUUGUUCUUGGUAUGUUUUUGUACUGACUGGCCAUUGGCCUGAUAAUACUCAUUGUAAGCCUGAAAAAAAUCAUUUUUCUUUCCCACUGACUGUUUUUUUCUGCUUGUUGUAAAACUCAAAUGAAAUAAUGUAUGUGAAAGCACCUUGUAAACUGUAAGCUAUCAAUGUAAAGUGUAAAGGUGUGUUGUUAUUUCAUUAAUUACUUCUUUAUUUAGAGUGAAAUUUCCUAUGCACUAUUAUAGCUAGGAAAUGCUGAAAACAAGUUGUGUUUUUUAAUUAAUCCAUAACUGCAAAAUUAAAGUAUCUUCAAAGGAUAA